GGGCUCCAGGAUUCGUGUCCGAGGCUGCCACAUCACGCGGUGCGCUGAACGGCACUUUCCACAGUACCCCUCCUUGUGCUUUCGAACUCGUCUAAGCCAUGCGUGAGGCCAUCUGCAUCCACAUUGGUCAGGGCGGUGUCCAGAUCGGCAAUGCUUGCUGGGAGCUUUUCUGUUUGGAGCAUGGCAUCCAGCCAGAUGGUCAGAUGCCCAGCGACAAGACGAUUGGUGGAGGCGAUGACGCAUUCAACACGUUCUUCUCUGAGACCGGUGCCGGCAAACAUGUGCCAAGAUGCGUCAUGGUAGAUCUCGAGCCAACAGUUGUCGAUGAGGUCCGCACUGGCACAUACCGUCAGCUCUUCCACCCCGAGCAGCUCAUCUCAGGAAAAGAAGAUGCUGCCAAUAACUUUGCACGCGGACAUUACACCAUCGGGAAGGAAAUUGUGGACCUUGUCCUCGACAGGAUCAGGAAGCUCGCGGACAACUGCACUGGUUUGCAAGGAUUCUGCGUGUACAACGCUUGCGGUGGUGGCACUGGGUCUGGCCUUGGCUGUCUCAUGCUCGAACGCCUGUCCGUGGAUUAUGGUAAGAAAAGCAAGAUCUCCUUCACGGUUUGGUGCUGCCCACAAGUUGCGACAGCUGUCGUGGAACCAUACAAUACAGUGUUGUGCGUCCACUCCCUGCUUGAGCACACGGAUGUGACCAUCAUGUACGACAACGAGGCCCUCUACGACAUUUGCCGCCGCAACUUGGACAUCGAACGUCCAACCUACACCAAUCUGAACAGGUUGAUUGCCCAGAUCAUCUCCUCUUUGACCGCUUCACUGCGCUUUGACGGUGCUUUGAACGUGGACAUCACGGAGUUCCAAACAAAUUUAGUGCCCUACCCCAGGAUCCACUUCAUGUUGACCUCCUACGCCCCUGUGAUCAGCGCGGAGAAGGCCUAUCACGAGCAGCUCUCAGUGGCCGAGAUCACCAUGUCCGUCUUCGAACCUGCCUCGAUGAUGGUGAAGUGCGACCCACGCCAUGGGAAAUACAUGGCCUGCUGCAUGAUGUACCGAGGAGACGUGGUUCCAAAGGACGUGAACGCAGCAGUGGCCACCAUCAAGACCAAGCGCACCAUCCAGUUCGUUGACUGGUGCCCCACCGGCUUCAAGUGUGGCAUCAACUACCAGCCACCCACUGUGGUGCCUGGAGGCGACCUGGCCAAGGUCAUGCGCGCUUGCUGCAUGAUCUCCAACUCCACGGCCAUCGCAGAGGUCUUCUCUCGCAUCGACCACAAGUUUGACCUCAUGUAUUCCAAGCGAGCCUUCGUGCACCACUACGUGGGCGAGGGCAUGGAAGAGGGUGAGUUCUCUGAAGCCCGUGAGGACUUGGCGGCAUUGGAGAAGGAUUACGAAGAAGUGGGCAUCGAAACGGCGGAAGGUGAAGGUGAGGAGGAAGGAUACUUGGAUCGUCACUACCGGCUUUUUCCUAUGUUCUUUUCGUUUUCAUGGAACGGGUGCUGAGGAGGAUUGUCCAUUCUGCAGGAAAAAUGGUUGCAAAUCACACACACGCCCGGGGAAGGGAAUGAGACCAGUUCACACGUGCGGGGAACGGAAUGCCAAAGAAUCCGUUUGGCAAAGCCAAAAAGGACAGGUUUGUGGCCAUGGUGCUGAACCUGACCCUCAACUAAGGCUAUGGCGAUGAGUUCUGAGGCUCAGGCCAGCGGGGCCGGCUACAUACGCCGCGCCGCUGUUGCUCAGGUGCAAACGCAGAUGAUUCGUUUGUUGGGUCACAAUCCCAGCAAUGGACUUCUGUGACCAGCUGAGCUGGGAAUUUGGGAGGAA